ACUAAAUCAAGGUCAUGUUCAACGAUGGAGAUAAUUUGUAAAGCCAUUCACAAUAUAGCACUAUUAGCAGGAUAGAACAGGAAAUUAUGCACAACCAAACAUAUAUAAAUGUAUUCAACGCGUAAAUCUAUUCAUAAAAAUAUCAGUCGACUCCGCAAGAUGGCUGCUGUGUACUCCAUUGCCUUUAUUCUGUUGUUUGCCAACUGCCAGGUGUUUGCGGAUUCUACAGAACAGAAGGAUGCGUGUUCAGCAGUAUUCAAUGGAACGAUCGAUGACCAGAAAUGCUGCCAGGAUGCAUCGUGGCUCGAUAGUAGUGAGUCGACAGAAUGCAAAGACGACGGAGACAUGACGUGUGAUUAUUUCAAAUGCCUCGCUGGGGAGAACGAAUUGUUAGUUGAUGAUAAAAUUAACGACGAAAAGGUGAAAGAAAUGCUAAACCAAUGGGAGAAAGAGAAUCCGAGUGAGAAAACGACAAUAGAUAGAGUGAGACGCAACUGUUCUGGCGGGAAAUUCGCGGAAUUACUGGCCGACUCUAGCGCGAGUGAUGACGUUUGUGAACCUUUACAAUUCUACUUAUGUGUCUACAUUAAUAUGAUCUUUGAGUGUUCAUCUUGGAAGCAAGACGCACAAUGUACUAAAAUGAAGGAAUACACACAGACAUGUAAAAAAUUUCUGGAAAUGUAAAUCAUUAAAAUAAUAAGUAAAAAUCCUUUGUACUUGUAAUUCCAAAAUAAAACGAGAAUAUAUUAAAAGAAAUAACAUUUUAUUUGUUCCAACUUUCUUCGUUCACAGAGCACAUUGGUGACCACAUUUCAAAUCUCACAAGCCGCAAUCUAUCAAUAAAAAUAAUAGUAACUAUUACGUGAACGAUCUUCUGAUUUCACUCUCAAUUAUAUUUACAAUAUUUACAAAAUGGACAUUUCAUAGACAAAAUACAAGCAACUUGGCAUUCAUAAAAGAUAAUACUCUAUGUUCCAGACAUUUAGUCUAAGGUUUAAGGUACGUUUUCACUAAAGAGCAGUUUUUUUGUAAUCAAACAUUGACACUUGGGAAUAUUUCUAUACACUUAUUUUAUUUAAAAUUUGUUAAUUUUGUUGAUUAAUCAUGGAAAUAUUGAAACUGCACUAUUCAAAUACAUACAACUUAAACUUUAAUAAAUAUUUAAAAGGUAAAAAUUAUCUGGAAAGGUUAUGAUUAACCAUUUUUUAUAUUAGUGAAAUCG